AGAAAAAAGAGCGAAGAAAAACAAUUGGAAAAUUUGAAAAUAGAUCUCGAUUGUAUGGACAAUAUAUUCUCGUUGGACUGUACGGUCGAUGUCGUCGUACAGUCAACCGAACGAACUUUAAUUGACAACUUAUCGAAUAGCACUAGGAUUUUUCGGAUUCGUAAAAGAGUGAGUGAUUAAAGAAGAAAAUAUUUUUUCUUCGCGUGAUCGUGAUUUUUUAAAGAUAUUUAUUUCGUUCGUGUAGGAAUAAUAAAACGCGCGAAUGUACAAUCUCGUGAAAUUCGAACGAUCGGAGGUUAGAUCGUAUCGUGACAAAAGAAUCUCCACUGGGACUGUACAACCGAAGUUGUAUUGACCGCGGCGUUUUCUCCGUGCGGAUGCGUUUCAUCGAAAAAAUAAAAAUAAAUAGAGAGAGAGAGAGAGAGAGAGAGAGAGAGAGAGAGAAAAAGCGAAACGUACACACGUAUGUACUUUAACCGGCUAAAUGUUAAGCAUCGAAAGGAUUUACUCGUCGUAAGGCUCGUCUUUUUUAGUGCGCGUUAAAUGUCGACGAGAUUGACGUGAGACGUCAAGGUUUCGUCGAAAGUCGACGGAGAGCACGAUGACGAAAACGAAGAAGAAGAAAUAUUUUUGGAGCAGUCGAAUUGCAUUAAAGUGACAAUGACGUUUCGAUUAUCUUAUUCGGCUUCGAAUUUCAUGAAAAAACACGACACAGUUUAUUAUCUCCGUCGUCCUUCUUGGACGAAUAAAAUUUGUAAAAACUUGAUGGUGAUGCACAGCCAUUUGUCACGUGGUUCUCCUACUUUUAUACGUCACUUGUCGCGUAAAAUUUGAAUUUUUUUUUCUCCUUUACACGAUUGUAAAUAAGUUAAGAUAAUAACAAUGGGAAAGACAAGAGGUGUACAUGAAACCACACCGGAAUUAAGAAAUCGAAUGGUUGGAAUGUACGAGGCUGGUUUGGGACUUCGUGAAAUUGCAGCUGCAGUUAAUUGUUCGCAACGUACGGUUAAAAGAUGGCUCAAUCGAUUCGAUAAAGAAGGUAACGUGGAAACUAGAGAACGUUGUGGUCGUAAAAGAGCUACAACAGCCGAACAAGAUGAAGCGAUAAUCAGGCUUGCAACACAAACACCUUUAACAGCUGCGAAAGCUGUGCUUCCUGCUUUAGGGCUUACCUGUUCUGUUGAUACCGUACGAGAGAGAUUACAUAAAGCAGGAAUUCAUAGUUGGACUCCAUCUAGAAAGUAUAUGCAAAGGAUUCCACUUGGUAAUGAUACGGAUGGCGCAGCUAUUCAACAAGCGGUUUGGAGACCUACUGGUACUCAAUUAGGAAAAAAAAAAUCGAAUAAAGAUUCCACCAAGAAUGAUAAAGGUACUCCAAAAAAGAAAAACCCUCCGCGCAAAGUAAGAGCCAGAGAUAUAUAUGUCGGCGAUGGUGCACCCGUAGAAAAUUUAAAACAAUCUAACGAACAGCAAGAAUUUGGAUAUGCACAACAAAAUAUUCCCCAAGAACAAACUAACGAAAUACAGAAUGCUACGCAAACUUUACCCGACAAUCAAACAGAAUUCAACAAUGGAUUAACUAUGAAUCAACAGCCUCAACCUAUGUAUCAACAUCCUAGCAUGAAUAUCGCGCAAAAUAAUUGGCCUCUUGAUCUUGUACAAGGCAGUCAUCAUUAUCCACAAGGUCAACCAACCACAGUUACUCAUAAGUCAAUGGCACCUCAACAUCAACUUCAAGAACUUCAUAGUCAAGGAGAGCAACAUCAUAUGCAACAAGUGCAACAACAACAGCAACAACAACAACAACAAAUACAACAACAAACUCAGCAAAGAUUGCAGGAAGAAACGAGUAUUCAUCAUUCUAAAUUUGAUUCUCAACAAGCACAAAUUCAAGUUGAUCAUCAAGUCCAGCAACAACAAGAACAAAGUUUACAAUCAAAAUUAUCUAAUCCUGUGAAUAACACUAAUAUUGCUUCAGAUAGUUCAAAUUCAUGUAGUUCUCUUGAAAGUAAUCAACUAUCAAAUGCAGAUAGUGUGCAAGUUGACGAUACACCAAAGGCACAAAGUGAACAUUCAGAAAGACAAAAGAAAAAAAAGAAAGGUGGUAAAGCAAAGGGAACACUAGAAACUAGUGUAGAAAUUAGAAAUCGUAUGAUUGGUAUGUCAGAAGCAGGAUUAUCUACAUUAUCUAUUGCAUUAGCAAUUGAUAGAUCGGAACGUACUGUUAAAAGAUGGUUAGAACGUUGGCAUAAAGAAGGAAAUGUACAAACAAAAGAAAGAAAGGGUCGUCGUCGAAUUACAACUAAGGAACAAGACGAAGCUAUUGUCGCUAUGGCUACUCAACAUCCAUUGACUGCAGCAAAAUAUGUUGCUCCUGCUUUAGGAUUGAAAUGUAGCGUAGAUACGAUUAGGGAACGCCUUCAUAAAGCAGGAAUACAUAGUUGGAAACUUGGGAAAAAACAAGGAGAAGGAAAUGCAGUUCAUACGGUUCAUCUUUGGCAGCCUAGUGGUAAUCGUCUCAAUAAACCAAAAACUUCUGGUGAUAAGAAAAAGAAAUCAAGCGAUAAUAAAAAGAGAGAUCAUUCAACAAAUAAUAUACAAAAGCGAAUAUCUAGAAAAAAGAAAACUGACACUUCUCCUUUAAAAGUUGUACCACCACCAGCAAAUAUGGUUCCUGAACAAGCUCCUAUGCCUUUCCAUAAUCCGGCAACAAUGCCAAAUUAUGUUGGAAAUAGUAACAUAUUGCAGCCUGUUCAUAAUAUUUCUGCACCUCCACCAUCAAUUCCUCAACCACAACCACCACCGCCUCCAGGUCCACCUCCAGGACCGCAAUCAAUGCAACCAAUGGGUCCUAUUAUGCAACAAAGACCCGAUUGUAGAUUAGCUCCUUCUAUAGUUCCACCUGUAUCUACUCAAGGUAAUUCUGGUGCAGUUUAUGCAUCAUGUUUGGUGGCAAACAAUAAUCACACAGGUCAUAUGGAACAACCCGAUCCUUUAAAUUAUGAACCAUACAUUUGGAGUUUUUAAGAGGUAAUAUCUUUUACUAUAAGUUUAUUAAAUAUUUACAACAUCUCUUUAUUCUUUUUUUAUAGAAUACAAAUUUAGUUAUCUAUGUAUAAUGAAUCUUCCGAUUAGAUCUCACUAAUCUUAUGUUCAUAUAUAUCAUUAUUUGUUGUGGUUACUGCCUUUUAUUUAAUAGGAAAAAAAAAAGAAAGAAAAAAAAAUUGAGAAACGUAAGACGCUUAAAAUAAAAGUUUCAAAGGAACUUACGUAACUUUGCACUUUUUGAAAAUUUACGAACUAUUUGCAUAUAACUGUUAUGUAUUCCAUAAAUUUUCAACGAUAAAUAACAUCGUUAAAAUCAGAUGUUACUGUAAAUAAUUUGUAGUAAUGUAAAUUUGUACGUGUCAUUACAAAAAAUGGCAUACGUGAGUAGAUAUAAUAUAAUAUACCAAAUGCAUUGCAAAAUCUUUUAAAUAUUUCUCCUAAUAGCGAGUUGUCGUAAUUAAUUAAAUUAAAUGAUGUAUAAAUCAUUUUUUUAUUCUGUAUAUAUAAAUAUCUAUUUAAAUGAUGUAAGAGGAAUAUUUAUUUUAGGAACUUGUAUUGCAUAAUUAAGGGAAAAUAAUAAAGUAAUUUACUAACUA